AUGAAAAAAGACCUCGAGAUAUCAGGCUACACAGUCCUGCCCCUUCAACUCCCGACUACGCCCUCUUUCUCAACACCAGCAACGCACUAUCUCUACCUCCGACCCCAUGAGCCGCGCAUUCCAGACCUCGACACUCCCCGAUCGCUCUUCCUCGUCAAUCUCCCCAUAGACACAACAGAAACACACCUCCGCCACCUCUUCAGCACACAGCUCUCAUCCGGUCGCAUCGAACACAUCGAAUUUGAGUCCGCUCGGACAGGGAAGAAGAGCGGCGCGGCACAGAUUGCCCUUUUGCAAGGGACAAAUGUUGCCAAGGGCAACAACAAGAAGCGCAAGCGCGUGACCGCUGACGAACUCGAGAACCGACUGGACGACGUUUCUCUCCCCUCAACAUGGGACGGGCAGCUGCAGCGGAGCGGGUCGCACGCGGUUGUGGUCUUUGUCGACAAGGCGAGCAUGGAGGCGAGUCUAAAAGCCGCUCGCAAGGCCGCACGGAAGUCCAGUAGCAGCGCUAUUACCUGGGCGGAGGGGCUAGACAAGUCCAAAAUCCCUGCACUGGGUCUUCAGCGGUAUAUCACGCACCAGCGGGCCUGUUACCCGCCUCGUGCGGAUCUGCUGCGCAGGGUCAACGAGUAUAUGAAUGUGUUUACGGAGGUUGCGGAGGCUAGAAAGAGGGAAGCUGCGCGACGGGCGGCGGAGCCGGACGAGGAUGGAUUUGUUACUGUUACGAGUGGGCCGAAGCUUACUUCUGCGGCUGGUGAGGAGGAGGCCAAGCGGUUGAUCGAGAAGCAGAAGAAGAAGCAGGAAGGGUUCGGCGACUUUUACCGGUUCCAGUCUAGGGAAAAGAGGAAGGAGAGGCAGAUUGAGCUGCUGAAGAAGUUUGAUGAGGAUAAGAAGAAGCUAGAGGAGAUGAAGUUGCGCAAAGCCGGAGUGAUCAUUUGGUCUGGUCUGCUUCGUGUGGAUUUAGCAUGGCGUUUACAGGUUAUAAAAGUUUUGGCACACUUUCACCAUGUCAUGAUGCUUGUACGAUGGACGCAAGGCAAUACUCAUCAAAGGUUGCAUGGACACGUAUAUCAAAGGCGUUCAUUACAGAUUGUACCAUACAUAGAAUCAGAAAGUACUGGGCCUAAAAUCUAUCAAGACGUCUAA